CGUCACUUCCGGCGCGAGGGGCCGGGCCGGCCGGGCAGGGAGUGCGGGUCGGUUCUGUGUGCGCUGCCGGACGAGGCUCCCGCCGCCGAUUGACCCGCGCUCCGCCCCGUAGCCGGGCCGGUGAGUGCCCCCGAGCCCGCCCGUGUGUCAUGGGGGUCAGGGAGAGGGACCCCUGAGAGGGAGGGAAACCGGAAGUGAAGGGACCCAAGGAGAGAGACCCCAGGAAAUGGGGACACCUGGGGAAGGGGUGACGGCCGGAAGUGGGGGGCCUCAGAAGCUUGUUGACGGGACGUGGGGGUCUCUGGGGCUCCAAAAACGAUGGCUUCCCGGCCUCUUCUUGGUGGGGUGGGGAGGAAGGUGAUGCUCACAAAAUGAUGAGCUCCAGGUGAGGAAGAUUCCAGGCUUCACCGUAAGAAAUGGUGUUUGCACCCAUCCAUACGCCCAUCCAUCAGUUCAUUCCAGAGACUGAGUCCUGCUCUGAGCUUGACGCUACCGAGGCCCUGGAGAUUAAACAGGAAGCUCCAGGUGGAGGGUAGAGCCCAGCGUGGGGCUCGACACAUCCUUGCUCCGCCUCGCUAGGUGUGUACCCUCCAGCACAUCACUUGACCUCAUACCGUCCGCUAAUAUUUACAGAGCACCGUCAUGUGCCAGGCUAGGCCUAGAGCCUGUGGACACUACAGUCUGUCUCCCAGGGAUCCUGGUAGCCAAUGUCCGAAGAAAGUGACUCUCUGAGAACCAGCCCCUCCGCGGCCUCCCUUUCGGAGAAUGAGCUGCCGCCGCCCCCUGAGCCUCCGGGCUACGUGUGCUCGCUGACAGAGGAACUGGUCACCAAGGCCAGGGAGGAGCUGCAGGAGAAGCCGGAAUGGAGACUUCGAGACGUGCAGGCCCUCCGGGACAUGGUGCGGAAGGAGUGUCCGAACCUGAGCACCUCCCUGGAUGACGCCUUCCUGCUGCGCUUCCUCCGGGCCCGCAAGUUUGAUUACGACCGGGCCCUGCAGCUCCUGGUCAACUACCACAGCUGCCGGAGAAGCUGGCCUGAAGUCUUCAACAACCUCAAGCCCUCGGCCUUAAAGGAGGUCCUCGCUUCCGGCUUCCUCACCGUGCUGCCCCACACCGACCCCCGGGGCUGCCAUAUCCUUUGCGUCCGCCCAGACAGAUGGAUACCAAGCAACUAUCCAAUUACCGAAAACAUCCGAGCCAUAUACUUGACUUUAGAAAAACUCAUUCAGUCUGAAGAAACCCAGGUGAAUGGAAUUGUGAUUCUUGCAGACUACAAAGGCGUGAGCUUAUCAAAAGCAUCUCACUUUGGCCCUUUUAUAGCCAAAAAGGUGAUUGGCAUCCUUCAGGACGGCUUCCCCAUUCGGAUAAAAGCAGUCCAUGUAGUGAAUGAACCACGAAUAUUUAAAGGCAUUUUUGCCAUCAUAAAACCAUUUCUGAAGGAGAAAAUAGCAAACAGAUUUUUCCUCCAUGGGUCUGACCUGAACUCUCUCCACACAAACCUUCCAAGAAGCAUUCUCCCCAAGGAGUAUGGAGGCACGGCCGGAGAGCUGGACACCGCCGCCUGGAAUGCGGUGCUGCUGGCUUCGGAGGAGGACUUUGUGAGAGAGUUCUGCCAACCUGUUCCCGUCUGUGACAGCAUCCUGGGCCAGGCCCUGCCACCCGAGGGGCUGAGCUCAGAUGCGCAGUGUGAUGAUUCCCUGCGGGCCGUGAAGUCACAGCUAUACUCCUGCUAUUAGCCAGGCCACCAUCUUUAAAUUCUUUCCUUUUGCUUUGGAGAGGCACAAGGAGAAUUUGAGGUGCCAUGGAGUCAGGCUUGCUCCUUGUCACUGGAUUGCAGCCUGUAGGGCUCUGAGGGUGAGCCAUGGGGUGAGCCCUCAGUUACUUGAAUUAAUCCAUGGAAGACAUGGAAAAUGUCCCCAGUGAUUCCCAAAUGUUUGUAAUCCCAGUUUGCAGCCAUUAAUCUGGAAGUUCUUACAGAUGUUGAACAAGAAAAAGUAGGACCAAAGUCACUUUGGUCCCACAUUCCAGGAGAAAACAACCUGAUUGGCCAAUGGGCACACUUCUAUGAAAUAACUUGGCAGAACCUACAAGGUGGCCACACGUGAAACUUGGAGUUUGUGUCCUCCGUGUGAACCCUAACUACGACAGACCUCUGUUGCACAUCAGGAAAUUUCUAGUUUGAGGUCCAGGCCCCAGGUGUCAUCACUGUGUUUGGAAAGCACCUUAACUCAAUUUUGGGAGCAUCGGGACAGAAGCAGCACUUCAUGAUCAAAUCUGGGAGCAAGACUUCAAAGCACCUCUGGGAUUCAUUGGUUGACUCUUGCAAUAGAAACUAAGUUUUCCCAAACCCAUAAAGCCUUAGCGCUGGUUCUCAAUAGAAUCAUACAGGAUCCUAGAGGUACAUGAUCUUACUCAUCCUGAAACACUGAUGUGAGGCCUGAGUCACUAAAAGAAUUCUGACCCAAGAAUUAAGAGACCAGGGCUCCAGCCCCAGAUGUGAGACUGUGGACAAGGCCUGGGCCCCUGUGGGCCUCACCUUUCUCAUCUGUAAAAUGAGGCUGGAUGAAAUGAUGCCUAGGGCGUUCGCAUGACGUUCUGGGAUUUGGUUUAGUUACUGAAUGUUAGGUGUUGGUUUUCUGCCUAAAAAAAUUGGUUUUCUUGCUUCUAGAUGCAAGUGGUUGGAUCCUGUUGUUUUGUGGUACAUCUGGGACUUUCCAAGAGGCUUAUGUCACCAUCUGGCCCUGCCUUUAAGGAAACUAGUAAUGUAUAUUCUUGAGACCUGGUGGUAACCAACUUCCUUUUUGUAGGGAGGGUUAAACUUGGAAAGGGCAGGUGAGAUGACCUGGGUUUGUAUGAAUUCCUUCUGCCCCUGAGGCUCUGGUGGUACCCUGUAAACCUGGCAGCAGGGAAUGGUUAAAUGACUUGGGAUUCUUAAAUUUUGGUCUCUGGAAAUGAUCGCAAGGCAAGUUAUUGCUGGGUCACUUCUGGGGCCCCCUCCCUCGCAGACCUUCUGGAGUCUCUGUCUCUGCUAUGUGUGGACAGACUUUAUCCAGCGAGACUGAAUGUUAGUUCUGCGUUUCAGCACUUUAGACCUUUCCUGUCGAAAAUUUAGCCUUAGCGCAAGCAUCAAAUUCAGUGGUUCAUUUGGUGGCUUCUGACCUACUUCCUUUUGUAUUCAUUCCUUGAAAAUCAUGGCGUUAAAAAAGCGACACGUACCAUGUGUUGUAUAAGUACCUUCUCCAUGCAUCUAUUAGACCACCAGGCAAGGGGAACGGCUCAGUUAGGUAGAGAAUGGUACUCUGAAAUGCAAAGGUCAGUCUAUUGUUAAUAAGCUCUUCAUCUUUACAGUACUGUUUAGAAUGUCUGGAGAAGUUGGUGGUGGAAAUUAUUCACCUCCUUAGCCAAUUCCAGAGGAAGAUCUUUUCACCACAGAUACUAACCCUGAAUCCUCUCGGGACCUGGCAGAGCUGGAAGUCCCCAAAUGCACACCACUGGCGGCCUCCAGUGCCAUCUGCUGAUGAGUGUGACCAGCAUUGCUGAAAAGAUCUAUAUAUAUAUAGCACAAGUAGGAUGACUAAAGGAGACGGUUCAGAACCCAACUGCUUGGAGGUGGGAACUGGUUAGAGGCGUUCUCAGAUCUCAAAGAGGAAAGAGAUUAAAACACAAAACCAACAGCAAGCUAGGCAGAAGGACAAACGAACUGUUCGGUCCCACCAAAUUUCCAGAGUUUAAACUCUGCACUGCCUUCCUGGCUGGUCUUGCCUGUGUCUGACUGAAGACGUUUCCGUGUACUUAAGCUCAGCUAGACAAGGACAUGAGACCAGGACGCGGCCCGUUUCCUAGGCCUCUCCAGCUGGACCUCAGAGCUGUUGCAUUCAGCUCCUGAAAGGAGUCUGAGCGAAGAUUUUUCUGCCUUCUGCAGCUCCAAAGAGAUCAAAUAGCUUUGACGCCUCAGGAGGUUUGAAGCAAGCUGUGAGACCAGGACUCCUUGGUGUGGCUCCACCAGGCAAUCAUGUAGUUUCCCUAGCACGGUGAGGGAGCAACCCAGGGAGCCUGAUUCGGUUGUGGUAGGGUACACUGACAGGCCAAAUGAGCGAGUAUCUGGAGACCUGGGAGUGUCUACGUUCAGGGAAAAGGCCCGGCCCAUUUCACAAACACCUGGGAAGUAACUUUUCCCUAAAUUCAGGGAAAGGAAUAGUCUAUCAGGAGACCCAAGUUCUCGUUUUACAUUGCUGUGGCCUUGGACGAGCCACUGAACACCCCUGAAUCGCAUGACAAACAGGAUCUACACUCAGCUCUGAACCCUCUGUUUUUGGCAUCAGUUGCUCUCCUGCCCCAGGGACAUUGUACUUUGCCUUUUGGAGACCUCUCCCUCCCCGCCCCAACCCAAUCUGGGUUAUUUAAUGGGAAAUGUAGGUCUGAAUUAAUUGACAUCUGAUGCCCCGUCAGUGCCAAAUGAAUCUGUAAGCUUAGGUAAGAUGGGGGUCUUCUUCCUCUUAUAUCUGGAAAAUUGUGUCUUCCUCGAAUCCUAUCUUCACAGGGAGAGGCUGGAAGAAAGCUAGAGAAACAACCGUGCAACUCUGACUUCUUAAGUUUAUUUGCUUUUGGCAGAAGAGGCUCUCGUGUCCCCAGACUUCACCUGGCUUUCACAAGGAGCCACAUAUCCUUAGAAGUUUACAAACACUUCACCUUGUAAGACACGGCAUUUUUGCCAGAGAGGACAGUGAGAGGUAUUUUCCCUGAACUCCUGUAAGAAGCUGAGCCUUUCUGAAUUGUCCCUGGGUGGGCAGUUGUUUUAAGUGCCAUCGGAUUCUCAGACCAGUCAUGGGAUCACUUUUUCAUUUGGGGAGGAAAAGCUUAGCACUGUUUGUGGCAUUAUUAGAAUACUUCAUUUUAAAGUGUUCACCUUUUAAGAUUUUCUUUGGAAGCCUCCUCAUUCAUUUAGGCAGUGAAGUGUUAGCUAAGAUGAUGCUGUUAAGUGUGGCUGUUCUGUGGCAGGAGAUGCGGAGACACCAAACAGAAACAUCUCACUGUUCAGGAAAGACGUCAGUUCUGGUGAGGCCUCUCAGUAUUGGGACCUGUUCAUUUCAUAAAUCCACAAAUCCAAAGUAAAUUCCUUUGUAUUCUCCCGACCCAGAAAUGGUUUGCUUGAAAUGCCAAGUAACCGGCAUCGUCAGAUCCCACGUUCCUCCUUAGUAGAUCCUGCUCCACGAAGGCUGGGUGUGACUUGUGGACAGAGAUGCGGUGAUGAACUUGCUGUUGGGUAAUUGGCUGCUUGCCCUCCGGUCUCACUGGGCAGCACGUGCAGCUGGGCGGAAACUCAGCUGCCACUGGGGAUUCUCGCGAUUCGCCUGCAGCUCCGGCAGGAAGAACCCCGAAACCUCUCUCCGCUGUCACUCUGACAUGACAGGAAGGUGGGCUCAUUUCCUGACCCGGGGGCCACUGGUCACAUUCCUUGCUUCAAACUGAAAUUCAGUUUAGCUUUGAGUGUACGGACACUUGGUGGUGGAUUCAUCUACUUCAGUGUUUGUUCUGACCAAAAAGUUUAUUUUUCUAGUGCGUUUUCUAAGUCUAAGUGGUGAAAACAUUAACUUUAGUAUGCAUGACUGGGUCUUAAACAAUAAAAAUCCCUGUAAGGUUA